AUGGAGACCGAAUCCCGGGCGCAAACAACAAAUCAGAUGCAAACAGAUUCAUUAUCUCCAUCCCCUAAUCCUGUGCCACCUGUGCCUUUGAAUAACCCAACAAGUGCCCCAAGAUACGGAACUAUGAUCCCUAACCGCAUCUUCGUAGGAGGAAUUGACUUUAAGACAAAUGAAAAUGAUUUAAGAAAAUUUUUUUCCCAGUAUGGGUCUAUAAAAGAAGUGAAGAUUGUUAAUGACAGAGCUGGAGUAUCCAAAGGGUAUGGUUUCAUCACUUUUGAAACUCAAGAAGAUGCACAAAAAAUCUUACAAGAGGCUGAAAAACUUAAUUAUAAGGAUAAGAAACAGAACAUUGGUCCAGCAAUAAGAAAACAACAGGUAGGGAUUCCUCGUUCCAGUAUAAUGCCUGCUGCUGGAACAAUGUAUUUAACCACUUCAACUGGAUAUCCUUACACUUACCAUAAUGGCGUUGCUUAUUUUCAUACUCCAGAAGUAACUUCUGUCCCACCGUCUUGGCCUUCGCGAUCCAUAUCUAGUUCUCCUGUGAUGGUAGCUCAGCCAGUUUAUCAGCAGCCCGCAUAUCACUACCAGGCCCCAGCUCAGUGUUUACCAGGGCAGUGGCAGUGGGGGGUUCCCCAGUCCCCUGCCUCUUCUGCUCUGUUCCUAUAUCUGCAGCCCUCUGAGGUUAUUUAUCAACCAGUAGAAACUGCACAAGAUGGUGGCUGUGUUCCUCCUCCACUGUCUCUGAUGGAAGCCUCCGUCCCAGAGCCGUUUUCCGACCAUGGAGUCCAAGCAGCGUCGUACCACCAGGUCUAUGCCUCCAGCGCCAUUGCUGUGCCUGCACCCGUGAUGCAGCCUGAGCCCAUUAAAACAGUGUGGAGCAUUCAUUGUUAAGACAACUGGGCAGCUCUAAUCCAGCUCAACUGAUUUUUUGUCCAUUGAUCCUUGUGUGACCAAGA